UUCACACUCUCUCCAUGUGCUAGCUAGCAUUCAGAUCUUUAAAUAGAUAGCUAUUUUAAUGCAAAAGCAUAACACAGGCUGUAGAACCUGUGAGGCAGAGGGUGAGAUUUGAUUCGAGGGUCAAAUGGUGUGAGUACUCACACACCCAGUGGUUUAGCAAAGAAGCCUGACACAAGAUCACCUGUGCCAUUCAUUUUGCUCUGCUGAAAGCAAGGGCUCCAAGCUGUUUACUUGAGUACCUUUAACUUAUUCCUUUCUUUUUGGUAACAUUUUUGGUAAAGCAGUCAGUCUAAACAGCAUUAUCUUUUUUAAGGACUUUAAAUUAAUUUUAAACUUUGUUAAAGCUAAAACUACUGUGCCUGAAGCUGAUAAGAAAAGGUGAUGUCAUACACAUCCAAACUUCCUGCAUCUUGGAAUGAUAAACCUCCUCAUCGGAGAGUGGAAAUUGACCUGAGUUCACCUGGUUUAGCAGUGUUUGAGUUGGAAAGGCUCCUGUAUACAGGCAAAGCGAUCAUCAGCCAUGCAGAUGAAGUGUGGCCAAGGCUCUAUAUUGGCGACCAGCACAGUGCAGAGAAUCGUGCUGAUUUAUCCGUGCAUCAAAUCACUCACAUUCUAAAUGCAGCUCACAGUAAACACAGGGGAAAGCCAGAUAUAUAUGUGGACAUGAUGAUCUCUUAUAUGGGAAUAGAUGCUCGUGACUGCUGUGAUUUUGACAUGAGUGUCAACUUCCAGCCUGCGGCAGACUUCAUUCACAGUGCUCUCAGCAGAGGAGGCACAGUCCUGGUGCAUUGCCAUGUGGGAGUGAGCCGCUCUGCCACACUGGUCCUGGCUUACCUGAUGCUGAAGCAGCACCUCACGCUUGUGGAGGCUAUUUGUGCUGUAAAGGAAAACAGAGGCAUUAUCCCUAAUCGAGGUUUUCUCAGACAGCUUAUUAAACUAGACGGACAGCUCUUUGGCACACAUAAGUGAGCCUUGCCCAACAGUACAAAGGAUACUAUGUAAGAGUUAUAUGCUGCUGCUGCUGCUGCUGCUGCUGCUUUGUCUUAGAAAGAAAGAAAAAUGGAGGUAAAGUAUACUAAUUAUUAUAUGGUACAAAAUGGAGGAAUCAAGAAUGUCAAAUAAAAAUCAUAAAACUGGAGCUUUUAUGGUUGGCACAGUUAUAUAACAUUCCAUAGUUCAACCAUCAUCAGAUACAUGUACACCAAUAGGAACUCUAUCCAGACAUGACUCAUUCAUAUGCAAAUGAAGGACAUUCUGUUGGACUGUUGACAACAAUCUGCUCUAUACGUUUCCAUUAUCUGUCCUUAGAACAUCCUGCUGUCUCACCCCUCAUACACACCUAGAGCAAGGGUGUUCAGAGGUCACAUAACAACCUAAUAUGAUAUUCAGUGAAAUGAUAACAUAAUAACCUAUAAAUGAUGUCAACUCCGAAAGUUUCUCUGUGGUUUAGGGUGAAGAAAAGUUUAAAUUACAUUAUGAAAAUAUUUACAUCUACAAACUAUA